AAUGCCUUACGACCUCGUCGCCGCGUUGGUCCACUCUCUGACAGACAUCCUUGGACCGCGCGACACGCCGAAGGGCCCAUGUUACAUAUCCAGCAUCCCCCCUGAAAUCCUGCUCAAGAUCUUCUUCUUGCUCGAAGGCGAGAAACGGGCAGCCUUCGGAAGACAACGAGAUAUGCUGACCACCGCGUCGCACGUAUGUCGGCUGUGGCGUGAGCUCAUGCUCAUUUGCGGGGCGCUUUGGGGUUCCAAUAUUAAUUGGACCGAGUCUCAUCGCUCGGUAGCGCGGCUCAAGAAGAGGAUCAGGCGCGCCGGCGGAGCGCAACUUGAUGUUGCCGCUGUGAUCAACCUGUCGACCUGGGGGCCACUUCGGGCUAACCUCAAAUUACUCGCUGACGUUUCACCGGAGCGUAUCAGGACCGUUGAUCUCGCUUUCGAGUACGGUAGAGUCCCCGCAGAAGAAAUUGCAAGUCGAUUGCAAGGCCCAUUCCCAAGAUUACAGGUCCUAUCUUUGCAGAAUGGUAGCCGUGGAUCCCUUAACCUUUGGCCACAACAUUUGCGUUGCGUCGACGGCUGGCACCUCCUCGACGGAAAUCCCUCAUACCUCCAGGUGUUGACACUCGACCGCGUGAGCCCAAAUUUCCACAAUCUGUCCAUCUUCCGCAACCUCCACGAACUUUCCGUGGUCGACGCCAAUCUCAACUCGCCUACCCUUGCUCAAUGGCUGAACGUCUUGCGCGCCAUGCCCUAUCUCACUACCCUCACCAUCAAGGGCUCGAUUACCCCCGACACCUCCUCUACACAUAACCCAGCACCAGUCCUCCUAACCAAUCUUGCAACGCUGGGCCUUGCCGGGCUUGUAGGAUCCCCGGACGGCAUCGACGCUCUCCUCUCACACAUCCAGACUCCGCGCGGAUGUAAUCUCUAUUUUGCAGGUACUUUCAACCAUGAUUCAAUUGCCCUCGACGACGCGGGCCUAGUAGCCUGGUUUGGCCGCUGGACGGAUCACAACUACAAGAGUCGGUCAUUGCACGCAUCCCUCGACCCGAACCGUAUCAUCAUGCACAACCAGGUGGGACCGGCACCGUGGUCGGGCCUAUGGUUCCGUAUUUCCCUCACGAAGGAGCGCAGAAACGUUCGACAACUGGCGUUGUCGCUCGCGACUGUGCUGGACAAAGCCAUCGCUAGAACUGAGCACCUCACCCUUUGGACCCCCGCGAACCGCUCCCGCAGGGUCGCCCUCCCGUAUGAGGAAUUCCUGCCUCAUUUCAGGUCUUUGAAGACCAUUUGCAUUUCAGUGAGGAAUUGUAGCCGCCGAGCGGCGUGGAGUUUCGACGAGUCAUUCGUGCAUGUCACGGAAGUGGUGUAUCCUUUGCUAAGCGCGCCUUUUAUCUCCCUGGGAGAGUUGCGAAGUGUCCUUCCCGCUCUGAAUAAAAUAACAGUCGAAAAGGAUGGAGAGGUUAAAGCGUGCUGCUCUAUCCCACCUGCCCCUCGCGCUCAGAAUUG